AUGGUUGAGGAAAGUUCCAGGGUCCUGGUUGUACUUCCUUAUAUACUGCCUGGUGCUACUUUACAGACAAUCAUAAGACGAACGAUUCCGUUCUUGAGAGAAUGGCAAAGCCAACUGGAUGUAGUGGUUGUCCCUGAAUUUAAAACAUCAUUCCAGUUGGAUUCUGCGCUGGGGAAGAUGUACAGUAUCAUCAGAGAUGUUCUUUUGGGAUAUGACAUGAUCAACACUGGGAUCAAUAUUAUUUUCAACAACAAACAUUUCUUAAAAAGUAAUUUGCAAUGGAAAAUGGGUUUGUUGCCACAACGCUCCACCUUCGAGACGUGGCAGCUAGAGCUGGACGCUAAACAGUGCCGCACUAUAGAACACUAUGCAGUCCAUGGCGAUAGCGCGGAAGAGAUAGUGGGUCCUAAGGAUGCUGACAAAUUUCCUGUAACCGCAUUGGGUGGGACAUUUGAUCACAUCCACGACGGACAUAAGAUAUUGCUGAGCGUCUCGACAUUCAUCACGUCCCAAAGGCUGAUUUGUGGGAUUACUUGCGAUGAACUACUGCAAAACAAGAAGUACAAGGAGUUAAUCGAGCCUUACGAGACCCGAUGCAGUCAUGUGAGUCAAUUCAUCGAGCUACUAAAACCGAACCUUUUGGUGGAACUAGUCCCCUUGAAGGAUGUUUGUGGGCCUACUGGAAAAGUCCCCGAGAUAGAAUGUUUAGUUGUGAGUAGAGAAACUAUCGGCGGGGCAGAGACAGUGAAUAAGACUAGAAUUGGAAAGGGCAUGAACCCAUUGACAGUGCAUGUGGUUAAUGUGCUUGGGGGUAGAGAGGAAGACGGCUGGAGUGAGAAACUGAGCAGUACAGAGAUAAGACGCCUUUAUCAGGCAUCUCAUUCCUCAAACUAG